AUGGAACGAUCGCAUCCGCAGGCGUUCCUGACGAGCUACGCGCCACGACUGCGCACGUACAACAACUCGCUCCUGACGCCGGUCCUGCAACAGCCGCAGGCGGCAGCACCGACGUCGCGUACGACAAAGCGAGGCACCACCAUCAUCAACUACGCCGAGGACGGAUACGAGGACCUCGAGGACGACAGCGACGACCCCCGGCGGCGGCCUACGGGUCUGCGCAACGUGCGCAAGGACGACUCGGCGGCGGCGGCGGCGGCGGCGGCGGGCGCGGGCAGAUUUGACGUGGGCAAGGACACCAAGGAGCCCGUCAAGGUUCAGGGCGUAUGGCGCGACUGGGUCGGCAAGAACCGCUUCAUCAAGACGGACCAACAGAACGCCGCCCAGGCCGGCCUCCCACUCACCCUGAUACCCAUCCGCAUCGACCUCGACAUACCCUCCUUCAUCCCGCCCCCGGCCUUCCCCCCGCCGCCCGACCCCAAUUCGACCGACCUCUCGCUGCCCCAGUACCGCGCCCAGGACCUCACCGCGCCCUACAAGCUGCGCGACAUCUUCUGCUGGAACCUCCACGAGACCCUCAUCACCACAGAUCAGUUUGCCCAGACCCUCGCCCAGGACCUCGACCUCCCCCACCGCCAUCUGAUCAUACCCGAGAUCAGCAAACAGAUCCGCACACAACUCGAGGAGUACUCGGGCGUUGCACUACACCCGCUCUUCCACACCGAGGCUUCGGCGACGACGGCCUCCACCACUACCGCGGCUGCACAGCAACAAAAACAAUCACAACAGCAACCACAACAACGAAAGUUAGGACCCGCGGUGGCAGCAGCAGCAGCAGCGGAAAUUGCAGCACAGCCUCUCGUCGACCCUUCGUCACCAUCGCCGGCACCCACCCGAGGCACAGGCACGCCGCGACCGGCACCAGAGACGCCGGGGGCGGGGGCGGCAGAGAAGGCGCCCAAGGUGACUGCGUCGGCGGAGCCCAUCCCGUCCGACUCGGACGACUACAACCCGGACGACGCGUACCGGUGCAUCAUCAACCUGAACCUGAACCUGUCGUCGAUGCUGUACACGGACAAGUUCGAGUGGUCUCUCCUGCACCCUCCCGGCACAGCCGAGGCGUUCGCGCGCACGACGUGUACGGACCUGGGUCUGACCGGCGAGUGGAUCCCGGCCAUGACGCACGCCAUCUACGAGGCCGUGCUGCGCCUAAAGAAGGAGGCCUGCGAGGCCGGGGGCAUGGUGGCCGGCUGGGGCGGCCUUCAGCAGGAGCUCCCCAACGACGCCGCCCAGGGCACCGAGGCCGGUUGGCGCUACGAUCCCGACCACCUCGCCGACGACUGGGAGCCCAAGGUCGAGAUCCUGACCAAGGAGGACAUGGAGAAGCGCGAGGGCGACCGCGAGAGGCAGGUCCGCCGCCUGCGCCGCGAGACGGCCCGCUUCUCGUCCACCACCGGCCUCCUCGGCGGUCACCCCUUCGGCACCGUCCCCCCCCACCUCGACGUCGAGGAGGAGCGCAUGGGUCGCGGCGAGCGCUCCAGGAAGAAGCGCCGCUUCCGCAGCCUCAGCCCCUCGGACCGCUCCGGCACCCCCGGCGCCGUCGGUGCCAGGGGAACCCCCGACGCUGGCGGCUACGGUGGCGGCGGCGCCCUCACGGACCACGAGAGGGCUGCCUGGCGCUGUGCCCACUGUCGCAUCUGGGGUUCCUGCGUGUGGGCCGUUCGCGACGGUCCAGCCGGUCCAAAGACUCUAUGUUCCAACUGCGGUCUCUCCUACGAGCAAGAUAGAAAACUUCCCCGCCAGACAAAGAAUCUACACAUUCUCGAUAUGCGAACACUGUAG